ACCAGUUCUACCAACAUGGCUGCUUUCCGCGUUGGAAGAGGAGCGCUAAAUGUGCUGAAUUCUCGUCUCAUUUCUCCAGUUUUAGCUAAUAAAUCUUCUCCUUGUAGGAAAAUACAUACCGCAUGGCUACUCAAUGCAGGUAAUACACAAAAAUAUCACUAAUCGAAGCUGUUUAAACUCAACCUUGUUGCUUUAAUUUAUAAUAUAAAUCACGUCAAAUGCGUGGGUUUUAACUUUGAUUAUUUUGUAGGUAUCUUUAGUAAAAUACUUUUUAGGAACGAAGGAAAUUAAGAUUCGUUAUAAGAAUAUUCAAAUUUCUUUAACACACACAGUCGGCCAGCCCGCCAAUCUUCCACCUCCUAAUUUUUUUAUGCCAAAAGCUCCUUUGUGCUACGCCAAGUGGCUAUGCUUUCCGCCAAAUAUCUUGAGCUGAUGGGUAUCGGAAUCCAAUCAGGAUUGGGUGAAUUUAUAAGGAAAAUCCUUUGUCAAAUUGGUCCAACAUGGCAGUGAUGAAGUAUUGUGAAAACCUUUUGUUUUUAAAAUAUAGAAAGACAAUUCACAAAAGAUCAUGAAUGGAUUGUGAUGUCAGACAAUGUCGGGACUAUAGGGAUCUCAGAUUAUGCACAAGUAAAGAAUCCUUUAUUUUAUCCUUUAAGGGAGAGCACAUUUAUAGGGACAUAUGAUCAGUUGCAGAGUUGCUGGAAAUACCAUUUCAGAGGGUCUAAAAUUUCAAAGUCAACCCCCUCCCCUCUUAGGUGAGUGGUACCCUCUGGACCACAUAGCUGCAUACUUCUUUCAAACAGUCUCCUGCUCAAAAUUUUAUUGGGAACCCUGCCUUCUCUAGUAAUACUGGACCUAUAAGGGAUGAGCCUUACUGACCUCUAGGAAGAACAGUUUCCAACUGAGAUCUAUCUAGUACAAACAAUAGCUAGUUUAGUUCGUUAGUUUACUAGUAUAGUUUACUAGAAUUGUGCUAGGGUGCACCUCUAUUUAAUGGGUUAAAUAGCAAGUUUGUAUAAUUAUAGGCUCAUCUUAUGCAUUGAUAAUAAUUGUAAUUAUAAAUAAUAUUUAUUAUUUCAGAAUAGCUUGGGUGAUAUUGUAUAUGUUGAAUUACCAGAUGUUGGGAGUACAAUUGAACAAAAUGGUAAAUAUAAUUUAAUAUGUGAUUAUGAAAAUUCAGAGGUUUCAGUACAGUAGCUAUGAAUUGUAAUUGUUACAAACAAUGAGGUUGUCUCUAUUUCUAGAUACGUUUGGUGUUGUUGAAAGUGUCAAGGCAGCGAGUGACCUAUAUUCACCUGUUACAGGUGAAAUAGUUGAGGUUAAUGAAGCAUUAACAGAAAGUCCUGAUUUGAUCAAUAAGGAACCAUACGAUGGUGGUAUGUCUUCAUGAAACUUAAAUGCUAACCUUAUUCUUGCAAUAAAACAAUUUCCAGGUGAAGAUAGAUUAACAUAAUACAUUAACAGAUGUGCAGUGUUUAGUGACUAAUAUUUACUCAAAAAAUUUAUCCAAAGGUUGGAUAGCAAAGAUGAAGCUAUCAGACUUAUCCCAACUUGAUGAACUUAUGGAUGAAGCAGAAUAUAAUGAUUUUCUCAAGGAAACUGAAGAUGAAUGAUUUUAUGUGUUUGGACAUGGAAUUCCUAGAACACGACAUGAAAUUAUAAAAUAUACAUUAUAUUACAUGGCACAUAGCCUAGACCACCGUAACCUGUUGUUUUAUUUAAUUAACCACCAAUUUUGAAUUUUGUAACCUCCUAAAUAUAUUGUUAAAACUAAAUUAACUCCAGUCUAAUUGCUUUAUUUGUAGG